AUGUCGUCACUCCGUCACGGUUGUGCCGCCGUCGCUCCUCCUGCUCACGCCGCCGUUGCACUCUGUUGCUGCCGUGCCGUUGUCACUCCUUAUAGUCGCACCACCGUCGCUCCUCGUGCUCCCGCCGCCGUGAUAAGCAAGAGGAAGAUAAUGGGAACGUCGCUGGUUUCGAACGUGAAGCGCGAGGUUUCGAUCAUGAGCAAGCUCAACCACCCGAACAUCGUGAAGCUGCACGAGGUGCUGGCAACAAAGACCAAGAUCUAUUUUGUAUUGGAGUUCGUUAAAGGCGGUGAGUUAUUUGCUAAGGUUUCGAAAGGGAGGUUCAGCGAGGAUCUCGCCCGCAAGUAUUUCCAGCAGCUUAUCUCCGCCGUAGGGUACUGCCACUCGCGCGGCGUUUUCCACCGUGAUUUGAAGUCGAAAAAUCUCUUGCUUGAUGAGAAUGGGAAUCUCAAGGUCUCCAAUUUUGGACUCAGUGCCGUCAAAGACCAGGUCAGCCCCAAAAUAUUAAAAAGUUUAUUUGUCCCAUCAUGGUUUGGAUUUGUGGUUGCAAUUCUAGCUGCAGCAAAAUUUGCAGUUGAUGCUGCUGUAAUUGUUGUAAAUGGCUACAAAAUUGUAACAUCAAUGCCUGAGAAGCCAGGACAUGAUUUUGCUUUGAAUGCAACCUAUGAUGAUGUGAAUGCUUCAAGCUAUGAUGCUCUAGUCAUUCUUGGAGGUUGUGCACCUGAGUAUUUGGCACUGAAUAAAUCUAUCAUUGCAUUAGUGAAGCAUUUUAUUGAAAGCAAGAAAUGCAUACCAUAUAGAUAUAAGAUUGAGGAGAAAACUUGGUUGGGCAAUUUAAAUGAAUUUGAAGUUCUGGUUAUUAGUUCUCAGAAAGGCAAAGGAAUGCUAUUCCCAAAGGGAGGGUGGGAACUUGAUGAAUCCAAAAAGGAGGAAGCUUUGCGAGAGACUAUAGAGGAAGUUGGGGUGCGAGGCAUUGUUGGGGGUAAAUUGGGAAAACGGAGCUUCAAGAGCAAAACCCAUGAUACCUUCUAUGAAGGGUACAUGUUCCCACUUCUUGUUGAAGAGCAACUUGAGUUCUGGCCAGAGCAGAACGUCCGUCAAAGAACAUGGAUGAGCGUAUCUGAAGCAAGAGAAGUUUGUCAACACUGGUGGAUGAAGGAAGCACUAGACAGACUUGUAAACCGUCUCACGGGUCAAAAACUACUUGGUCGUGAAACAAAACAAGUCACAAGAAGUUUGUUUAAUAGUUAA